CGGAAGUGAUUGGAAUUUGCGAGGAGCUUCAGGAAGUUUUCACUUGGAGAGGUGUUUGCAGGUUUUGGUGGCAAUGGCUGUUCUGCGGGUUGCUUCCACUCUGAGCAGGGCCAGCAGAUGCAUCCUGAUUCGGAGCAGCAGCUCCAGUCCAGACCCUGACUAUCUGCACAAGAGCAUCGUGCCAACCAACCAUUUCCAAAAUAGUUUGCCGCGGUUACCAAUUCCGAAACUGCAGGAUACAAUGCAGCGUUACCUGACUGCACAGAAGCCACUUUUGGAUAAUGACCAGUAUAGGAGAACUGAACAGUUGGCUGAAGAUUUUGAAAAGGGAAUUGGUAAACAGCUGCAUGAAGAGCUUGUAACGCAGGACAAAAGAAACAAACACACCAGUUACAUUUCGGGACCAUGGUUUGAUAUGUACCUCGCUGCACGUGAACCAGUUGUCCUGAAUUAUAACCCUUUUAUGUCUUUUCAUCCUGAUCCAAACCCCGCAAACAAUAAUCAACUUACCAGAGCGACCAACAUGACUGUGUCUGUACUGCGUUUCAUGAAGACCUUUCGAGCUGGCAUAUUGGAACCUGAAGUUUUCCAUCUCAAUCCUGCUAAAAGUGACACAUCUUAUUUUAAGAACAUCAUUCGAUUUGUUCCUGCCUCCCUUUCAUGGUAUGGAGCCUACAUGGUGAAUGCCUACCCACUUGAUAUGUCUCAGUACUACAGACUCUUCAACUCCACUCGUAUUCCCAAACCUGUUCGAGAUGAGCUGCUUACAGAUGACAGUGGCAAACACUUGCUAGUGAUGAGAAAUGGCCAUUUUUAUACAUUUGACGUUAUUGAUCGAGAUGGAAGAAUCAAAAAGGCUUCUGAAAUCCAGGCCCACUUCAAGUAUAUUUUGUCUGAUCCCAGGCCUCCCCCUGAAUUUUGUCUUGGAUACUUGACAAGUGAAAAUCGAGAUACUUGGACCUUGCUAAGACAGAGGCUACUGGAGGCUGGGAAUGCACAGGUGCUGAAUAAAAUAGAUACCGCCGUCUUCUGUAUUUGUCUUGAUGAUGUCACUGUGAAGGACCACCUACAGCUCUCCCACAACAUGCUUCAUGGAAAUGGCCUCAAUCGUUGGUAUGAUAAAUCCUUCAGCAUUAUAUUAGCCAAAGAUGGCAACGCAGCUGUGAACUUUGAGCACUCAUGGGGUGAUGGUGUGGCUGUCCUGCGUUUAAUGAAUGAAGUUUUCAAGGACACGACCCAGAGGCCUGCAAUUUCAGGCACUGUGUUAACUGCAGCAAUUGACUCCUCUCAGAUUGUGCAGAAGCUCGAGUUCAAACUUGAUGAUGUUCUGAAAUCGGGUAUUUUGAGUGCCAAGGAAAAAUUUGAUGCCUCAGUGAGCACCUUGUCUUUCAGUGCGCUGGAGUUCAGAAAAGGUGGGAAGGAGUUUCUGAAAAAGCAAAACCUCAGCCCUGAUGCAGUGGCACAACUCUCUUUUCAGAUGGGGUUUUUGAGACAGUAUGACCAAAUGGUUGCCACCUAUGAGUCAUGUAGCACCGCGGCAUUUAAACAUGGUCGUACAGAAACCAUCCGCCCUGCCACCAUUUACACAAAAAAGUGCUGUGAGGCGUUUGUGAAGGAGCCAUUGAAUCACAGCAUCUCAGAGUUGCGGACGAUGAUAGGCGAGUGUUCCAAGUAUCAUGGGCAGCUGACUAGAGAGGCUGCGAUGGCUCAGGGAUUUGACCGCCAUUUGUUUGCCUUGCGUUACCUAGCAAAAUCUAAAGGAAUGGCUUUACCAGAUCUAUUUCAAGACCCAUCAUAUAUUCAAAUUAACCAUAAUAUUCUUUCUACCAGCACUCUCAGUAGUUCUGCUGUCCAGUUGGGGGGCUUUGCACCUGUUGUUCCUGAUGGAUUUGGUGUGGGUUAUGGUGUCCAUGAUCACUGGAUAGGCUACAACAUCUCCAGCUAUCCUGCUCGAGACCUUAAGGAAUUCCUCAAGUGUGUGCACAAAAGCCUGGAUGAUAUUUUCGAUGUGUUGGAAGGACGACCGAUCAACAUCUGAGUUACAGGAGCCCAAGAAUAGAAAUGAAUCAGCAGGAAUGUAAUGAUUGUACUCUGCAACUAUUGAACCUGUGCAUCUGAAAGCACUUGUCAUUAAGUUGAUAAGUAUAUUAGAGAAAGAAGUGAUACUUUAAUCAAUGUGCAGUGAUUGAGUGGUAGGGUACACAUUGGACAUUGGCAAUUUAACAUUCUAAUCUGGGUCAAAUUGGAAAGAUUAAUCAAAUGAAAGUCUCCAUGGAUUGCUGGCUAUAAGGUUCUCUCUCAAAUGAUUAUGGGCCCAAACUAAUUAAGUGCUUAACAACAUUAAGUUGCAAUUCUCAAUCGAGAUCACAGAAUCACUGAAAAUACAGCACUGAUGCAAUAAAUAUGCUGUCUUGGAGCUGAAGGAAAUUGUUGGGAACUUUUAAUGUGUAUUCAAAUAUGUAUGCUACAUCUGAUCUGGAAGUACUUGAUAUUAAUACAAGUUAGCUGAAAUGGUGAGCAUUUUAAUCCUGAGCACUGAAAUCUCUUGACUUGCUGAGCACAUUUAGUUAUUUUAAUUUUGUGUGAUGUGCUUCCUGUCCAACACUUAUUUGAUCAACUUAAGUUGCUCCUGUGACAGCCCAUAACCAUCAUUGUUUUACUGCUGUAAGGUUGAAAAUAUUAUUCAGCCACACCUGCGAACAUUUCAUGCAUCCUCAAUUACAUUUUAUUCAAAUCCUAGUCACAACUCUUAGUGAAAUGAGAACACCAAUGUACAUUAGUACUAGUGCAUAUUCAAGAUAUAUUUUAACUUUAAUAGAUGGAGAUGAUUUUUAAAUCUACAUUGUGUUUCAUAGACAGCAACUCACUGUAUACCUCUUUUCCUAUCGACACUGCUGUAAUCUUACAAUAGCUAUGUGCUAGGGAGUUUUGGGCAAGCUUUUCUAAAUGUUGCUUAAUAAUAAUGUGAUAUAAACUUUAAGUUCACUAUGCAUUCUGUAGCUUUAAUAUUGGAAAUAUUAGGAUGUAAUAAUCCCAUGAAGAAUCCUCUUUUUAAUUUUUAGUUUUAAUAGGCAGGUUUGACCAAAGGAAUUUCACUUUUGGGGGCAGUAAGACAGUUACUAAGCAUUCAGAGAGAAAUGAUAUGUUUAAUUAUGCUACUUCAAUGCAAUUUCACAGUGCGCUUUGCACUGUGUUCAUUUUAUAUUUGAAUCAGGAGCAGAAAGUCAUGUACCAAAUGAUAGUCAUGUUUCAAAGUUAAGCUGAAUGAUUUUUUAAAAUGAAAUUGGACUAACUUUGGCAUUUAUAUUGUAUGAAUGUAAGAGAUGUAAUUUAAUAGAAUAAUCAGUUUUGAAAUGAAACCAAAAAUGAAGUGACUCACUUAACAUUUGUAUUGGAAUUUCUUUGUCUCUCUCAAUCUGAAGUUAUCUUCUAUGCUUUGUUAUGAUCUGACUCCCACUGAAAUAAUUGGAAAAACUUUUACUAUGAAUUUCUUCAGGCUUACUGAUCUGGCACUGUAAUUUCCAAGGUUUAGUGGAAAUUCUUCUUGUGUAAGUAAAUCUAAGCCAGUUUGGAUUUGUUAAAGGCAAAUCGUGUUUGACUAAUUUGAUUGAGUCUAUGAUGAGGUAACAGAGAGGUUUGAUGUAGGUAAUCUGGUUGUUGUGGUGCACAUAACCUUCCAAAAGACGUUUGAUAAAGUGCCUUGGAGCAGGCUUAUCUGCCCAUUAAAAAUGAGGUCCAUGGAUUAAAAGGAACACCUGCAACAAGGGUACAAAUUUGGCUUAGUGACAGGAAAGAAAGUAAUGGUGGAUGGGUGUUUUUCGAUCUGGAGUAAGGUGGAGUUCCUCAGGGAUUGGUGUUAAAACCACUGCUUUUCUUCAUCUAUGUUAAUGACCUAGACUUGCAAGUGUACGAUUGAAAAAUUUGUGGAUAACAAAACUUGAAAGUAUUGUGAGGACGACAGUGAUAAACUUCAAGAGGACAUGUGGCAGAUGAAAUUUAAUGCAGAUAAGUGUGAAGUGAUUCAUAUUGGUAGGAACCACAAGAAAAAGCAAUACAAAAUAAAGGAUACCAUUCUAAAAGGGGUGAAAGAACAGUGAUACCUGGAGGCGUAUAUGCACUGAUCAGUGAAGCUGACGGGGCACGUUGAGAAAGUUGCUAAAGCAUAUGGGAUCUUGGGCUUUAUAAAUAGGGCCAUAGCGUACAAACUCAAGGAAGUUGUAAUAAAACUUUACAAAAAAACAGGUUCAACCCCAACUGGAGUACUGUGUACAGGUCUGGGCACCCCACUUUCCAAAGAAUGUGAAGACAUUCGAGACCGUGCAGAAAAGAUUUACAAGAAUAGUUCCAGGAAUGAGGAACUUAGUUAGUUGGAUAGAUUGAUGAAACUAGAACUGCUCUAAGAGAUGAUUUGAUAGAGAUUUUCAAAAUCAUAAGGGAUCUGGACAGUAGAUAGGGAGAGACUGUUCUGAUUGGUGGAAGGGUCCCGAUCUAAAGGUGAUUGUCAAAAGAUGCAAUGAUGACAUGAGGAAAAACUUGUUUUAUGCAGUGAGUGGUUUGGAUCUGAAAUGCAGUGCCUUUGUGCCUAGGCUUUCAAAAGAGAAUUGGAUAAUUAUCUGAAGCAGGGGAAUAGGUCUGGGUAAAUUGCUCUUGCAGAGAGUUGGCACAUACAUGACGGGUCAAAUGGCCUUCUGUGCUUUAACCAUUCUGUGAAAUAUGCAUUUCCUCCAGAGUUAUACAGAGAUGCACAAAUUCAUCUGUGUUGCUUCUUCAUAUUUUUAAUAACUAUUUGAAGCUGUUCUUUAGUGAGAUCAUGAACCAAUGGUUUCACUGCUGUAUGUAGCAAAAUCAUUGAUAUACACUUGACUAUCUAUCGUCAACUCACAAAAAUAUUUCUGUAAACUGGAAAUCUUACUGUUUCUUCCCCCACCCACCUUUCAUCAUUUUUAACAUUGAAGGCUAUCUGCCUCUAAAACCUGUGAUCUAUUAGAUCAAUUUUUCAGUGUGUCAACUUCAUAGACAGCAUGUGAGGCACCAAGAUUGAGAUAUAAGUUGGUCUGUUGAACCUGAAGCAUACAGCAUAUUGGCUAGAGUGCACAGCCCAGACCCAGGCAAUCUUAAAGAUGAAGGUUGAUCUAUAUAAUGAACACAGAUUGCAUCUAUGAUUGACCAACCUACCUACCUUUGGUUAAGUACAUAUACCGUUGGAUAAUGUCCUCUGCAUAGAGGAUAAACUGCACGUGUCUACUACAUUAGCUCAUGUACUGACAAAAAUAAACAGUUGGAGAUAAA